CAGUUUCAUUGUCUUUACCAUUCGCCGUUCAAUACGACCCUUGCACAUUUUCGGAAGAUCGAAAAAUCUACUUGAUUUUAGAAAAUGGUCGCUUUCAAGGUCACCCUGAGUCUUGCUCUCUUGGCUGCUGUCAACUGCCUAUACAUCCAGCAAGAUUCCUAUGGUCAACGGUACGACAACAAGCAAGUGGACACCUUUGGCAACACCGGCUACAACAACAACGGCUACAACAGCAACGGAUACAACAACAACGGAUACAACAACAACGGAUACAACAGUGGCUACAACAACGGCCCAGUUGCAAACAGCAAUCAGUACAGAGAUGGUCUUUACUACAACGGUGGUAACAGUUAUGGCUCAAGCUACGGCUCCAACUCCGGCUCCAAUUACGGCUCCUCUAACUACGUAGCACCAUCCAAAUAUACUGCCCCAUCCAACUAUGCUGCCCAAUCCAACUAUGUUGCCCCAUCCAGCUCCGGAUCAUCCAACUAUGUUGCCCCAUCCAGCUCCGGAUCAUCCAACUAUGUUGCCCCAUCCAACUAUGUUGCCCCAUCCAACUCUGGAUCAUCCAGCUAUGUUGCCCCAUCCAGCUCCGGAUCAUCCAACUAUGUUGCCCCAUCCAGCUCUGGAUCAUCCAACUAUGUUGCCCCAUCCAGCUCUGGAUCAUCCAACUAUGUUGCCCCAUCCAGCUCUGGAUCAUCCAACUAUGCUGCCCCAUCCAACUAUGCUGCCCCAUCCAACUAUGCUGCCCCAUCCAACUAUGCUGCCCCAUCCAACUAUGCUGCCCCAUCCAGCUCCGGAUCAUCCAACUAUGCUGCCCCAUCCAACUAUGCUGCCCCAUCCAACUAUGCUGCCCCAUCCAACUAUGCUGCCCCAUCCAACUAUGCUGCCCCAUCCAGCUCCGGAUCAUCCAACUAUGCUGCCCCAUCCAACUAUGCUGCCCCAUCCAACUAUGCUGCCCCAUCCAACUAUGCUGCCCUAUCCAACUAUGCUGCCCCAUCCAACUAUGCUGCCCCAUCCAGCUCCGGAUCAUCCAACUAUGCUGCCCCAUCCAACUAUGCUGCCCCAUCCAACUAUGCUGCCCCAUCCAACUAUGCUGCCCCAUCCAGCUCCGGAUCAUCCAACUAUGCUGCCCCAUCCAACUAUGCUGCCCCAUCCAACUAUGCUGCUCCAUCAAACUAUGCUGCCCCAUCCAACUAUGCUGCCCCAUCCAACUAUGCUGCCCCAUCCAACUAUGCUGCCCCAUCCAAUUAUGCUGCCCCAUCCAACUAUGGCUCAUCAAGCGCCGGAUCUUCUAACUACGUAGCUCCAUCAAAUUAUGCUGCCCCAUCCAACUAUGCUGCCUCAUCAAAUUAUGGAUCAUCAAGCGCUGGAGUAUCCAACUACGUGGCUCAACCAUAUGCUGCCCCAUCCAACUACGGCUCAACCAACUACGGCCCAUCUAACUACGGCUUAUCCAACACUGGCUCAUCCAACUAUGGCUCUUCUAACUACGGAGUACCCACCUAUUCCUCUUCAGACCUGUACAACUCACCAAAGAGCUACUUUUAUUUGUAA